AUGGCAUUUGAAAAUUAUGAAGUGGAUGAAGAAGAAGAAAAUGUAGAAAUGGAUGAAGAAAACUUAGCAGAAUAUGAUUUUGAUGAAUAUCAUGGGCAAUUUGAUAAAGAGUUUAAUGUAAAUGAUGAUGCAGAUGUUGACUUUGGCUUGGAAUCAGUAUUUACUGAUGUGCACCACUUUAGGGCUGCACUUGGUGAGUAUGCUAUAAGAAAUGGUUUUGAUACAUUGAAGACCAAAAAUGAAAAGGAUAGGGUCACAGCCAUAUGUGUUGCAGAUGGUUGCCCAUGGAGGAUUGCUCAGAAGCUUGAAUCUAGGUUGAGGACAGAGCCUGAUAUGAAGGUUAAGUCUAUGGUGGACAUCAUUAGAGAGUUGUAUGGCAUAAAAGUAGGUCGGAUGCAAUGUUACAAAGCAAGGUUGAUUGUGAAGGGAGAGAAUGAGGUAUUGCAUAAGCAGCAAUAUGCAAAAUUACCCCUGUAUGCAAAACUUUUGAUAGAUAGGAACCCUGGUACAGUGUGUAUAAUCAACCGCCAUGAAAGACAUGACUUUGCUGAGGCUUCAAAAUUUAAAAGAGUAUUUAUCUGUCUUGAUGCAUGCAAGAAAGGCUUUAUUAAUGGAUGUAGACCUUUUAUAGGUUUAGAUGAUUGUCAUUUGAAGGGCAGAUAUGGAGGAAUACUAUUAUCUGCAAUUUCAGUGGAUGGGAACAAUGGGUUGUUUCCCAUUGCAUACAGUGUUGUUGAAGUUGAGAACAAAGAUAGUUGGAGGUGGUUCUUGUACAACCUAGAAGAAGCACUUGGCUCGAACAACCUACCAGUUGGCCUGAUAUUUAUGUCAGAUAAGCGAAAUGGCCUUCAAGAUGCACUAGCUGAAGCUGCAACUAAAGUACCAAAUGAGUUUCUCUUUCAGAAGGCAAUGCAGAAAAUAUUGCUGUGUGACAAGGAAGCACAUGAUUGGCUGAUGAGAAGUCACCUUUCCACUUGGAGCAGGCAUGCAUUUGAUUUCUCUUGUAAAAGUGAUCACAUAACUAAUAACAUGACAGAGUCCUUAAACAAUUGGAUAGGAGAUGUGAGGAGUAAGCCAAUUCUAUCAUUAAUUGAUGAGAUUAGAGUCAAAUUGAUGAGAAGGUUUUACAAGAGGUAUUCACAUGCAAUGAAACAAGAGGGGAUUGUGACACCUUCUGUGCAGAAGAUAAUCCGUUCAAUUAAUGAACAAGCAAGAGAUUGUAAUCCUAUGCAAGCAUCCGACUAUGAAUUUGAAGUCCUAGAAGGGAGGACACAAUUUGUUGUGCAUUUACAAAACAGAACUUGUUCUUGUAGAGUCUGGGAAGCUACAGGAAUCCCUUGUAAGCAUGUAGCAGCAUGUGUCAUGUCUAAUAGGGAAGACAUUCACAUCUAUUGUGACCCCUGUUAUUCUGUUGAGAGAUAUAAAUUGGCAUACAGGGAAGUUAUUCACCCACUCACUAGUCUGGAUGAAUGGGAAGUUGUCCCUGGUGAUGAUAUGAUGCUACCUCCACCUUUGAAAAGACAACCAGGAAGACCAAAGAAAAAUAAGAGGGAACCAAGUGAACCAGACCCUUCAGAUUUUAGAAGGAGAAGUAAUACUGUUAGGUGCGAUGUAUGCAAACAAAUUGGGCAUAAUAGUAGGACAUGUCAAGGUGGAGCAAUGAAGAGAAAUGAUGAUGCAAGUGGCUCCCAAAGCCAACUUACCACACAGGAACUGAAAAGAGCACCUAGAGCUACCAAGCAAGCAAGGAGAAUAAGGAGAGCAACUGGCAGUGGACCAACAACUGGCAGUGUACCAGCACCAAGGGGGAGAGGUGCAUCAGUAGCAAGGAGCAGAGGAGCAGCAGUAACAAGGACCAGAGGAGUAGUAACAAGGAGCAGAAGAGCAGCAACUGGCAGAGGUGCUGAAGUAGCAACGACCAGAGGAGCAGCAACUGGCAGAGGAGUUGGUGCUGUUGGUGGCAGAGGUGCAUCAGUAGUAGCAGCAAGGGGUGGCAGAGGUGCAUCAGUACCAGCAACGAGGGGGAGAGGUGCAUCAGUACCAACAACAAGGGGGAGAGGAGCAGUAUGA